AUGAUAUAUACUACAGCACAAUUCAUUCUUUAUCUAUAUGCUACAGUUCAUUCUUUAUCUAUCUAUCUAUCUAUCUAUCUAUCUAUCUAUCUAAGUGUUGUGUCGUUCUAUUAUUUCUUUUUCUUUUUCGUUCCCUAUCUAUCUAUCUAUCUAUCUCUCUCUCUCUCUCUCUCUCUCUCUCUCUCUCUCUCUAUAUAUAUAUAUAUAUAUAUAUAUAUAUAUAUAUAUAGCUAUUAUUUCUUUUUCUCGUUCUCUAUCUAUCUAUCUAUCUAUCUAUCUAUGACUAUUAUUUUUUCUCUCCCUCGUUAUCUAUCUAUCUAUCUAUCUAUCUAUCUGGCUAUUAUUUCAUUUUCCGUCUCUCGUUAUCUAUCUAUCUAUCUAUCUAUCUAUCUAUCUGUGUAUCAUACACAACACUAUCGUUAUUAUUUCUUUCUCUCUCUCGUUUCUAUCUAUCUAUCUAUCUAUCGCUAUUAUUUCUUUUUCUCGUUAUCUAUCUAUCUAUCUAUCUAUCUAUCUAUCGCUAUUAUUUAUUUCUCUCUCUCGUUUCUAUCUAUCUAUCUAUCUAUCUAUAUUAUUUCUUUCCCUCUGUCUCUCUCGUUCCUUAUGUAUCUAUCAUUUAUCUGA